AUGCCUCUACAUAUGCGCGUGGCCACCGAGGCCGAUACAGACGCCAUUGGCCGCGUGGCUACGGCCGCCUUUGACCCUGCCACAGAUGCCAUUGCGCGCAACCUCUUUCCCGCACGGCUGCAGCCGGCCGUGCCCAAGCCCGAGAAUGCCGCGAUUGCGUGGCGACAGACGCGCAAGGGUAUCAAGAUGAACACGGAGCGCAUCACGCUGAUGGUCGUGACGGACGAGCAGCUCGACGGCAAGAUUGUCGGCUUCUCCAUGUGGGAAGAGCCACUGGCCGAGGGACAGGCGGGCGAGUCCGCGUCCAAGGAACUCGUUCCGUGCGAGACACUGGAUGAAGAGGCAUACAAGGAGCUGCGAAGAGUGAGUGAAGAGGCCACGUUGGGUUUUCUCGGCAAGGAUGGCGCAAAGCACAUGUGGUAUCUCGACUACCUGGGAGUCGAUCCAGGCCAACAGCGCAGAGGAAUCGGAAAGAUGCUGCUCGAUUGGGGCCUAGAAAAGGCCCGAGAGCAAGACAAGGACGUGUACCUGAUUGCGACACCCGCGGGUCGUCCACUAUAUCAAGCAGUGGGAUUCGAAGAUUUGGGCUCUUUUAUGUUGUUCGAUACACCGCAUCACGGCAUGAUAAAGAGGCGGCCGGGGUAUAGACGAAUCUCGAACGAAUAG